AUGGCCUUCCUUCUCAAACGAAAUCCAAAGACACCGGCAGAUCUUGUGCGGGCGCUCAAUGAGCUUAUUUGUAAAUGGGAUUUCUCUGCCGAUCUGAAGAAGUACCAGGACGACUCCCUGCGCUACUUGAAACAGAUCAAGGUGAUUCUUCAUGGAGACGAGGAACUGGACCCGCAGCCUGAUCAGAUCUCAGCGUUGGCUCAGGAAGUUCAUGCUACGAAUUUGCUUUCUCAUUUAGUCAAUAACUUGCGCAAACUCGACUUUGAUCUGCGCAAGGAUGUGUUCAUAUUAUUUCUGGCGCUCUUGCGACGGCAGAUCGCCAACGACAGCCCGACAGUCGGGUACUUGCUUCACCAUAACGACAUUUUGGUGAAACUCAUGAAGGGCCCAGAGUUUCCUGACGUUGCGCUAGUGUGUGGGCAGAUCUUGCGAGAUUGUGUAAAGUUUGAGCCAAUUAACCGCUUUGUGCUUUACCACACACUGUUCUGGCGCUUUUUCAAGUACGUCCAACUGCCUCUCUUUGAGGUGGCCACAGACGUGUUCAUCACGCUCAAUUCUUUGCUCACAGUCCACAAGAAGCUUGUAGGAGAGUUCCUUAGUGCCAAUUCUGUUAUGUUUAUCGAGCACAUGAACGAGCUCAUAAGAUCUGACAAUUAUGUGGUGAAGAGACAAAGCGUUAAGUUGCUACGGGAGUUGGUACAGCUGAAGCUGAACAUGCAGUUUUUGAUGACUUAUUUUGACGACGCCAAGUCUCUCAAAAUCGUCAUGAUGCUCCUAAGCGAUAACCUGAAGAACGUUCAGAUGGAAGGGUUCCACAUAUUCAAAUUCUUCGUGGCCAAGCCAAAGAAAUCGCCGAAGAUCAUCGAUAUUCUUGCUAAAAAUAAAGACAACUUUCAGCAUUUCUUCAAAAAUUUCGACUGCAGCGCAUCGUCGCCCUCUCUGAUCGAAGAGAGAGACUACAUCCUACAAGAGAUCCAAAAAUUAGAGAUAGAACGUCCGCAUUAG